AUGAGUGCUUCUAAAAUGCAUAAAGACAAAGGCUUUGGCAAGCGAUCAAGAUAUAACACUUCGCUUAUUGCUCGUUUUCGAACCAAACGUCAAUUGGAAGCGUGGACGGAAGAGCGACGACAGCAGGGACUUGUGUGGAGGUUCAACACUCGAUAUGAUUCAAAAGUUGGGCUUACCGAGUAUUGGCAUUGUGCGCAUAAAGAAGAUGGCCUCUACAUAUGCCCGGCUCGUAUGAAAAUUCUCUUCAACAGUAUCCAUGGCAUUUUCGUCUUUUCAUCGAGUAAUCGUCAACACAAUCAUGACUCGCUGCCUCCACCUGUGGUGGAUGUGCCUCAAGUAAUGGCGUUGGAACCCUACCCUUUGCAACGCGCUCAGAUCAUCAACAUGACUCCUAGAAUCGUCACUCAUCCAACAAACAUGGAAUCAACUUCAACGACUACCGAGCAAGCGGGAAGCCGAGAAACUAGAGGAUAG